AUGCCUUCUUCAUCCUCCUCCUCCACUCCUCAAUUCCUCUACGACGUCUUCCUCAACUUCAGAGGCGAAGAUGUUCGUCGUAGCUUCGUUUCUCAACUCUACAAGUCCCUCUCAGAUGCCAGAAUCAACACUUUUCUCGACGACGAGAAGCUUGAAAAGGGAACGGAUCUGGAACCAGAGCUAAUGCGAGCAAUUGAAGCUUCUCGUAUUUACAUAGUGGUUUUCACCAAAGCUUACAUCACAUCUAGUUGGUGUCUUAAAGAACUUGUUCACAUCAUGAACUGCCGCAAAACUACUGGACAAAUGGUUCUGCCUAUAUUUUACCACGUUGAAGCGUCCGAGGUGCGUCAUCAGAAGGAUGGUUAUAGAAAAGCUUUGCAUUCAACUGCAAAAAGAAGAACCUCUGGAGGUCAAAGAAUGGAACAUAUGUUAUCCAAGUGGACCAAUGCACUAACCGAAGCUGCAACUAUAAUUGGAUGGGAUUUCAAAAAUUUCAGGAAUGAAGUUGAGUUAAUUUCUGAAAUAGUUAAAGAUGUUUCGAGAAAGCUAAAAAGCAGAUCAUUGAAAAUUACCGAAUUUCCAGUUGGAUUGGAUAGCCGUGUGCAACAAAUGAUUCAGUUUAUUGAAAAUCAUUCAACCAAGGUUUGCUUGAUAGGGAUCUGGGGUAUGGCUGGCUCUGGUAAAACAACAACAGCCAGAGAUAUCUACAACAAAUUUAAUGACAAAUUUUUAGAUCACUGUUUCAUUGGAGAUAUUAGAGAAGUCUGUGAAAGAGGUGUUGGAGGUGAAAGAGGUGUUUCAUUGCAGAUCACUGUUUUACAAGAACAACUUCUUUCAAGUGUCUCGAAAACAAAUGAAAAGAUACAUAGCACUCUAGACGGGAUAGCCACAAUUGAGAACAGAUUUAUGGGAAAAAAGGCACUUGUUGUACUCGAUGAUGUGAGCACUUUGGAGCAAGUAAAAGCCCUAUGCGGAAACAGUAAAUGUUUUGGUUCGGGAAGUGUAUUGAUUGUUACAUCCAGGGAUUUGCAUAUACUUAAGUUACUUGAAACCGACCGUAUCUAUAGUAUAAAGGAAAUGGACCAAGGCAAGUCCCUUGAGCUUUUCUGUUGGCAUGCUUUCAGAAAAGCCAGUCCUAUAGAAGACUUCCGUCAGCUCUCAAAUGACGUAGUUGCUUACUGUGGAGGAUUACCACUGGCUCUUGAAGUCAUUGGAUCUAACUUGCGUGACAGGCCAGAACAACACUGGAAAUAUGUACUAUCACAAUUAGAGAGAAUUCCAAAUGAUAAAGUACAGGACAAACUCCAAAUAAGCUAUGAAGGUUUAGAGGAUGAUCUUCAAAAGGAUAUAUUUCUUGACAUUUGUUGUUUCUUUAUUGGGAAGGACAGGGCCCAUGUUUCAGAGAUUCUAGAUGGCCUUGGACCUUAUUCUGAUGUUGGAAUAACUGUCCUCAUAGAGCGCAGCCUCCUAAAAGUCGAAAAGAAUAACAAGCUUGGAAUGCACGGUUUGCUACGAGACAUGGGAAGAGAGAUUGUUCGUAAAGAAUCAAAGAAAGAGCCUGAGAAACGUAGUCGAUUGUGGCUUCACAAGGAUGCACAUAAAGUAUUGACAGAUAAUAGUGGAACAAAAACGGUGGAAGGAUUGGUUAUGAAUUCCCAAAGCACCAGCAAUGUUUGCUUCAAAACUGAUACAUUCAAGGAGAUGAAGAAUUUGAGACUUUUAAAACUUCAUCAUGUUGAUCUUAUCGGAGAUUUUAAGCAUCUUUCUCAAGAACUGAGAUGGCUCCAUUGGCAGGGAUUUACUGGUGAAUGUAUACCCGGUGACUUUUAUCCGAGAAAUCUAGUUGCUUUUGAGUUUAAGCACAGCAAUAUUAAACAAGUUUGGAAUGAAACAAAGUUGAUGGAGAAGCUGAAAAUUCUCAAUCUGAGUCAUUCCAAGUACUUGACAAGCACUCCUGACUUUUCAAAAUUACCAAAUCUAGAAAAGCUCAUUAUGAAGGACUGUCCAAGCUUGUCUAUAGUACACCAGUCAAUUGGGGAUCUGGGGAAUCUUCUUCUGAUAAAUUUUAAAGAUUGUACAAGUCUUAGCAAUCUCCCAGAGAAGAUGAAUCAAUUGAAGUCUUUGAAAUCUCUCAUCCUUUCCGGUUGUUCAAAGAUUGAUAAGUUGGAGGAAAGCUUAGUGCAGAUGGAAUCCUUGACGACACUGGUCAUAAAAGAUACAGGUGUGAAAGAGGAGAUGUAUUCAGCAGUAAGAUCAAAAAGCAUCGGAUAUAUAUCUCUUUGUGGAUAUGAAGGACUAUCAUUUGAUGUUUUUCCUUCUGUUAUUUGGUCUUGGAUGUCACCAACAAUGGCUAUGUCUUUAGCUUCCAUCAAUGUACAGAAUAAUAACUCGGGCUUUCUAACACCAAUCGUUAGGAGCCUUUCACAACUCAGAACUGUUUGGAUACAAUGCAACUCAGAGAUUCAACUAGCCCAAGAGUUACAAAGAAUUCUACAUGAUAUUAAUCGUACAGAUUUGGAAGACUCGCUAGUCUCAAAUCAUUCCUUGAAAUCACAUUUGAUUGGAAUGGGAAGUUGCCACACAGUCAUGGAUACUCUUUGCAAGCGCAUACCACAGGAAUUAACAACCAAUGAUUCAAGCAAUUUUUUCCUUCCGGGUGGCAAUUAUCCUUCUUGGUUAGCCUAUACAAGUGAUGGUCCUUCAGCACCAUUCCAUAUCCCUAAGGAUAUUGAUUGCCCCAUGGAGGGAAUAGUCUUACGUGUUGUUUAUUCAUCAACAUCUGAAUCCAUGGCAGUUGAAUGUCUUACUAGCGUCAUGAUCAUUAAUUACACAAAGUGCACCAUCCAUAUAUACAAACGAGACACAGUUGUGUCCUUUAUUGAUGAAGAUUGGAAGAAUGUAACAUCAAAUCUAGAACCUGGUGAUGAAGUCAAGAUGUAUGUGGUUCUUGGGCAUGGAUUGAUUGUUAAGAAGACAACUGUUUUUCUAAUAUAUGGCCAGUCAGUUAUUAUGGAAGUUGAUUCAUCGAUUAAGAUGGAAUUGAAUGUGCAGCCGCAGCCGUUACCUGAAGUGGACAUGCAAGCAUCAUCUAAUGUGACAGUACCAAAGGCCAAUAAAAGUUUAUUUUCAGGAUUUGGAAAAAGAAUGAGUGCAUGCUUAUGCUUGAAUCAGCAGAGAUAA